GGAGAGUUGAGGAAUGGCGCGCGGUGACAGUAGGUGGGGAUCCUGGCAGGUGCUACUGACCAUCUCAAUGAUCGUUAUGCCUCUCUCUGCUCACGGGAGGCACGCAUUGGCCACGGCCCACCGGCGACAUCAUCAUCGCAACCAGUCAUCGAUUAACAAGGAGGACUUCGGCACCAGGAUGCUGAUCAGCGACGACUCAGCGGAGAGAGACCACCUUAUCGGAGCCGGGCCGGGGCUCGGCGCAGGACUUCCGGUCAGCGGCGCCAGUCGUCAUCGCUCUCAUAAACACGUCCAGCUGGACUUCUCGGAGGACGACGGACCAAUGGGCGAAGAGCUUACUGCGGGAGGGGCGGGCUCAGACCAGACCAGCAACGCCAUGUCCGAUGACGUCAUCACCGUAGAGUUCCACAGCCCCGCCCCCGACACCAUGCCGAUGUCCGAUGUCUCCCUGGGCUGGCCCAAAGCCCUGCAGCCCCAGCAGCAGAAGGGGGCGGACCCCACUGCAUGGACGCUCUCCGACUUCUAUGACUACCUCUCACCUGACGAUGACCUCUCCGCCUUGGAUACGACCCCCGAUCCGGACCCUUCUCCGUCGCCCCCGGCCGACAUGGAAGAUGAGAACCCGCUCAUGGUUGGUUCUCCUGCGGUCCCUGACAACGAGACGCCCGACGGAGACGGUGGACCCUUGCCCACUUCGCCUAUGCCAGGCCUCGACAGGGGUCAGGGGUUAGGUUUGGGGGGCGCCGUGGGGCUUGAUGGCUGCAGGUUGGGCUUUGUGCGUUCUGGGCCAGGGGUGUGUGUUUCCCAGUGUGAUCUGGAUCCAAAUUUCUGCUUCAACGGAGGGGUGUGUACCGUGGUGGCAGGAAUGGGAGCUUUCUGCAGGUGCAAUGUGCAGGACUAUAUCUGGAACAAGGGCACACGUUGUGAUUGGGCUGUCACAGAGUUCCAGGUGAUGUGUGUCGUAGUGGCCGUGGCCUCCCUGGUGCUCCUCCUCCUCAUGAUCAUCGUCUUCUUCGCCAAGAGGCUGCACCGCCUUAAGAACGAGAACAAACGCCUCCGCAAACGCAGUAAGUACCGCCCUCAGAGCGGCGAGCCGCAGACGGACGGCCUGUCGGUGUCCACGACGGCGGACGGCUCGCAGCCAAACGUAAGGAAACUGUGUGACACCCCCCCACCCCCUUCCCAAGCUCACGCCCACAACCUGGCGUACUAUGACAACAUUAUCUGUCAGCCAACAGUGAGCGGCUAUACCUGGGAAUAUAAGCCCAGAAACCCUUAUAACCACUACCAGGAUGAGCCCCAGAAGCACAACGACUCUGUGAAGUCUCCACCCCCGAAGGAAGAGGAUUCAAUGAACAUCCGCAACUCGUAUUCGCCAAAACAUGAGAACAACCGACCAGUCUCUGCUGACCAAGAUGACGGAGACACCCCUGACAACUCAGAGGAAAACACCGAGGAUGGGGUCACCAUUGGUCUGGAGCUGCUCCUGCCCAAAGAGGCCAAGCUCCACCCAGAGACUAGCCCACCCCUUCAGUACAACGUCUUCCUCUACAAGCUCACCAACAAUGGAGACCCCGCCCCUCCCGCCCAAACCCCUCCCACUCAUACCUCCAACGCCUACUCCUCUUCUCACCCCAUACCCAAGUCACCCAAGUCAUCCAAUUUGCCCAGGUCACCCAAGUCAUCCAAGUCACCCAAGUCAUCCAAGCUGCCCAAGUCACCUAAGUCACCCAAGUCAUCCAACCGUGUCCAGGAACACCUGCCACAUAACUGCCAACCUUUGUCAAAUAGACUCUCCACACCCAGCCAACAACCCUCUCCGAGUCGUCACCAUUCCCCUAGUCGUCACACAGCACCAGGGGGCUAUUCCUCCCCCAACUGUUAUUCCUCCUCCCACCAAUUCUCCCCCCAGUAUCAGCAGCCCUCCUCCUCCUCCACUCAAUGUCAGCUGCGUAGGCCCCGAGGCCGGUCUCAGGCUCCUGACUCAGAGCGAUGGGGGACAGGCAGGGAAUCCCAUGAGGUCUACCUACGACCCUCUCCCUCCUCCCCUCUCCUCACCCAGCCACCUCCCUCGCCCUCUGACAUGAAGUAUAGCCCCAUCAGUACCCGAUCCCUGCCUCCGCUGCCCUAA